AUGGAUCACUCGAGCCUUAGUAUGCAAAGGUUUAUAGGUCUGAAAAGACAGGGCCUUAUGAACCUCUUCAUGAUGUCAUUUCCACUCGUAUAUAACUUCUUCGCUUUGGCACAACUAUGGAGACUGUAUACUACUAUUAAAUCAUUCCUUACUAAAGUACCAUACCAAAAAGACUUUAAAUUAGCAUGUAACAAUGGUCAAUUACUCCUGGUCAUUAGUAGCUAUCAACCUGAUCGGAGGGAUCCUGAUACCUUAUACUCAAAACCGCGUCUGUUCUUCAAAUGUAUUUAUUUUUUUAUCCAAAGAAGUCUAAAAGAACGUCUACAUUAUGGAAAACAAAAUGGAGACCGUUGCUUCAAAACAAUACGUGUAUCGGAAGCUAAAGGAUCUUCCAAUAACUGUGGCGUGCCAAGCUUUCCAGACUACUUAAAAGGUCCUUCGCAACUCCCCCUAACAAUUAUGUCAAACAGGAGUUCAAAGAUAAAAUUCAAAACAUAUAUAAGAAUACAGCAGGCGGUGGCUGAAAUACAGCGGUUCCACAAAAAACCAUUAUUGCGUUUGGGGCUACAAGAUUUAGUCCCACGCAGCAAGAAAAAAACUGCGCUUAUUAAGUCGAUUGAACGAAAGCUGCUACAAAUGCAGACUGAGGACCUUCACGUAUAUAUUUUUGACGAAUUCCUUUACAGCUCGUUUUUGCAAAUUAAAUCUUCAAAUUGUGCGCCUUGUAUAGUGUGUUUUACUGUAGAUAUUUUAUUGGGAACACAUCCAAUUGACGGGGUAUUUGUUAAUAAAUUCACAGCCUCUUUAAUAAGGAGCAUAUUUGACAAACUAGUUUAUCUUACGUCGACACUCAGAGAUACUGAAUAA